UUGCGCGGCAGGCGGCGGUUGGGUGGCCGCCGCCGCUGUGCGAGGUAGGAGGCUGGGGGCCGGGCCGGCGCAGCGCACAGGGGAGCGUGGCUGAGGCGGGCGGAGGUGAGCGCGGCGCCCUCUCCUGACAGGUGGCCGGCAGAGGCAGCGCCGACAGCGUCCGCCGGUGCCCGUGCCCCCGCGUCCAUCCCCUGCCCGGUGCCGAGCCCUUGGCCGCGCGGCGGAGCGGGGCGAGGGCUCCCGGGGCGGCGGGGCGAGGCGGGAGCAGCAUGAGCAGCGCCCGCGGAGCCGCCCGGAGGACAGCGGCGGGGACGGGGCUGGCGGUGCGUCUCCUGCUGCUGGGCAGCAUCUGGACUCCGGUGGAGGCCCAGCUCUCCGGACUGUUGGAUGACUGCUUGUGUGAUAUAGAAAGCAUUGAUAACUUCAAUACUUACAAGAUCUUCCCCAAAAUACAGAAACUGCAAGAACGAGACUACUUCAGAUAUUACAAGGUUAAUCUUAAGAGACCAUGUCCAUUCUGGGCUGAUGAUGGCCAUUGUUCUAUCAGAGAUUGUCACGUAGAGCCUUGUCCUGAGAGUAAAGUACCAAUUGGAAUUAAAGCUGGGAGUUCUAAUAAAUACUCAAAAAGAGCAAAUAACACCAAAGAACUGGAAGACUGUGAACAAGCUAACAAACUGGGAGCAAUUAACAGUACUCUAAGUAACCAAAGUAAAGAGGCUUUCAUUGACUGGGCAAGAUAUGAUGAUUCACAGGACCACUUUUGUGAACUUGAUGAUGAGAGAUCUCCAGAUGCGCAGUAUGUGGAUUUGCUGCUGAAUCCAGAACGUUACACUGGAUACAAAGGGGCCUCUGCAUGGAGAGUGUGGAACAGCAUCUAUGAAGAAAACUGCUUCAAGCCUCGAUCUGUCUAUCGUCCUUUAAAUCCAUUGGCACCCAGCAGGGAUCUUUAUUUACAACUUUUUUCUUUUUUUCCAGGGGAGGAUGAUGGAGAAUCUUUCUACACAUGGCUAGAAGGUCUUUGUCUGGAGAAAAGAGUAUUCUAUAAACUCAUUUCUGGACUUCAUGUUAGCAUCAACUUACAUCUGUGUGCAAACUAUCUUCUUGAAGAAACCUGGGGGAAGCCUCGUUGGGGACACAAUGUCAAGGAGUUUAUUCAUCGCUUUGACCCUAUUGAAACAAAAGGAGAAGGACCAAGGAGGCUAAAGAAUUUAUAUUUCUUAUAUUUGAUUGAGCUGCGUGCUUUGUCAAAAGUUGCACCAUACUUCGAGCGUUCAUUUGUAGACCUUUACACUGGAAAUGUCCGAGAGGAUGCUGAAUCUAAAACCCUCUUGCUAGACAUCUUCAGAGAUACAAAAUCCUUUCCAAUGCACUUUGAUGAAAAGUCCAUGUUUGCAGGAGAUAAAAAAGGGGCCAAGUCGUUAAAGGAAGAAUUCAGGUUGCAUUUCAAAAAUAUAUCCCGCAUAAUGGAUUGUGUUGGAUGCGAUAAAUGCAGAUUGUGGGGCAAACUGCAGACUCAAGGCUUAGGAACUGCUCUAAAGAUUUUAUUCUCUGAAAAAGAGAUUCAGAACCUUCCCGAGAAUAGCCCGUCAAAAGGUUUUCAACUCACACGUCAAGAAAUAGUUGCUCUCCUAAAUGCAUUUGGAAGGCUUUCCACAAGUAUAAAAGAGUUGCAGAAUUUUAAACUUUUAUUACAACAUACUAGGUAAUGAUGGUUUUUACCCAUCCCAGUAGUGAUGACCAUUAAAUGACUGCAUCAAGCAAAAAGAAAUGGAUCCUUACAGGACUUAUACUACAAGCUGAUUUAAAAAAAAUGAAAAAAUCAGAUACCAACUUGAAUAUUUAUGUUUAAAAUAGGAAUGGUUAUUAAUUAGAAAGAUAUUUAUGAAUGAAGUAUAUAGUUUUUAAACACAUAAAUUAUGCUGAUCUCCUGUCAAGUUUCUCUCUGGUCAUUGUUCUGUUGUAUCGCCAUUUUAUAUACAUUUUCUUUGUUUCACUGUUGUCUUUCAUUCAAGGAUAAUUGUUUAACAUUAAAUUACUGUUCCUACAUCUUGAAUGCAAUGUUGAUGUGAACAAACUUGCGCUGCUUCAAACAAAAAUAAGUGGUCCCCCUUUUAAAUAUUGGACAUGAAAGUAUUCUAAGGGAGUAGUCACUGCUUGAUUCUAGCUGUAUAGAAGAAAAUCCUUAUUUUCUUUUUGUUUUUCUUCAGUUUUCACUUGCUUUUUUAUUUCCUUGCAUUGUAUAACUCUAAACAAUGGGAAAUUAAUUAACAGAAAAUUUAUUUUGUGCUGUGAGGUCCUUGGCACCUCAUUGAUGCCAACUGUUUCUCACCAUGCCCUUGUUUUUAAACUUCCUUGAUCCACACAUGCACACACUGUCAUAACUGCCUUCUCGCUGACGGAAUAAGGAUGAACGUUAUUUCUCCAGAGCCCUAACUCGGCAACCUUGGUCUACCCCAUGGGGUUGUUAGUGGAGCACUGCUAGAAUGAGGAGCUCUGAUCAAACAUGCGCUCCAGUCUCUCCUUUUUCCUCUCCUUCCCUAGAAUCAGAGGAUCAGUCUUUAGGAAUUGUUCUUUUAGCAUUAUAAGAAGUUAAAAUAUCAUACUUCUUUCUCUGUUUGGGCAGUGGAAAUGCAUUAAGAACAGAUGCAGUUUGGAAUGGACUUUAAUGGGAUUAUGUUUGUUGAGCAGCAUGAAAAGGUCAGUGCAAAAAAGACAGCUUGUUUUGAUAGACUUGAUUUUUUCAAAAAUACGUUUUAAAAUGGCAAAACAUGACAACAUUUAAUAGUGCAUACUUUUAUCUAUGCAAUCCCUAACCAUAUCUUCUCCAAAAAGAUAUUCAACAUAUUUAAUGAAACGGGUAUAUCAUAGAGCAUCUUAUGUAAAUUGAUUGUUAAUUUGCUGCAUCAGUUUCCAAAAAGUACUACUGAUCAAUAGCAACCAACAGUUGUUUAAAUUUAAAACUGAAGUAAUAAAAGUAAAUAGCAUUUUUGAACAGUUUGCUUAAGCUGUAAUAAAUGUAGUAUUUAGUGAAGUUAUCUGAGUACAUUAUGAAUGUCAGUAAUGCUGGUAUAGUAUAUAGAUAUGUCUAUAGCAUCUUUUAUUCUUAAACUUAAAAUGAUCUUUACAAAAUAAAUAAAUAAAAAGUGCUCUUAAACCUUUCUCAUCCUA